CUCUUGGAGCUGUCAGUCCAGUUUUCGAGAUGACGAAGAAUGGAGACAUUUACACCAUCACUAUGGAAACUGCUAUCAAAACUGUAACAUUCAGCUUCAAACUCAAUGAGGAAUUCAUUGAUAAUAAGCCUAAUGGAGAAAAGACGAACACUGUUAUACAAGCCGAUGGGGACAGCUUGAUCCAGUCAGAUGUAUCUGAAAAUGGAAAGAAAUCUAAGAUUGUCUACUCUUUUACACCGCAAGAGUUAAUAUUGACGAACACCAUAGAAGGAUGGAAUGGAAAAUCCGUCAGAACUUUUGCAGCAAUUUAAUCUUAUAUAUACUAAAUACCGAAG